AUGGCGAGCGACCAAGGGAAAAAGCCUGCUGUGCUCAUCGUCGGAGGAUUAGGAUUCAUCGGUCGUCAUUUAGCUCUGUAUAUCCAUGAAAACAACCUCGCUUCGGAGGUCCGACUUGUGGACAAGGUACUCCCACAGCUGGCCUGGUUGGCACCAGAGUUCGAGGAGGCAUGUUCGAAAGAUAAAUUCGUUCAAGCAGACGCUAGUCGGGAACAGCACUUCCCGCGGAUAUUCGACCGUGCAAACGGGGAACAAUUCGACUAUGUGAUCAACUGCGGUGGUGAGACACGACACUCUCAGCCAGAUGAUGUCUACGAACUACGGAGUUACAAUCUUACGGUGGCACUGGGUCGCGAAGUGGCUCGUCGAGGCAUCCGUUCCUUCGUCGAGUGCUCGACCGCUCAUGUCUACAAGCCUGGCUCUUCCCCUCGGAAAGAAAACGACAAGCUCGAGCCCUGGCAUCGACUUGCCAAAUGGAAGUUGAAGGCUUCGGAUGAGCUGAAGAAGAUUCCUGGCCUUAAUUACUGUCUGUUACGACUUCCACACGUUUACGGUGAAUACGACUCGGGUUAUUUCGCGAUGGGCAUCUGCCUAGCCCGGGUACACCUGGAUAUGGAAACGGAUUUGGAACUGCUUUACACCAAGAACCUGAAGAUUAACACGCUCUACGUAAAAGACGCAGCCAGCGCUCUGUGGAAGGCGGCCGAAUGGAGGGCGUCAACCACUGACGAACCCGCCCAGAUCGCUUUCAACGUCGUCGACCACGGCGACACUCGCCAGGAACAUGUCGCGGAGGCUUUGUCCACGGUCUUUGGGCUCAAAACUUCCUUCCUCGGAUCGUUGGCAUCUCAACUCGCCAAGUUGAACCUUGACGAUGUUGUCGAUGACAUGAAUGAGGUGAGUCUACAAGGCUGGGCAGAGCUGCUGGAGAAAAAGGGCAUCACACGUCCCGGGCCAAUCAGCCCGUUCCUCGAGAAAGAUGUCAUCAAGGAUCAGGAUAUGUCGAUUGAUGGCACCUUGUUCGAAAAAACCACCGGAUGGAAACCUACACGCGAACGCUUUGAUGCAGAGGGAGUCCGCGCCAUGGUUGAUAGCUACAAACGUAUGGGCUGGUGGCCAUAA